AUGUUUCGACUCUCUCAGUUGUCAUCCUCCUUAUAUUUCUCAUUUCCAACCACCACGAGUGAUGAUAUAGGCUCUCAUCACUCAUGGAAUCUACCACAUGAUUUAUUUACAUCAUCAUCAUCAUUGAAUCCUCAUGGACUCUCUCCACCCUUGUUAUUAGAAGGAGGAGGAGGAGGAGGUGGAAGAGGUGGAGAUGGAACAAGUUCAAACGUUCGGAGUCAAGCUGUUGUUGGCACAAUGACCACCACCACUAUGACCACUACUAAUAAUACACAACAACCACAACAGGAUCAUACUCAUCAUCAUGAAGAGGAGGAGGAGGAGGUUCAUCCAACCACCACGACUGCCAUGACAAAUCCCAAUCGAAUUUCCUUUUCCGAUUUUGCUCGAAAUCAUUCCUUUCCAUCCAUCAGUUCUUCUUCAAUGAAUGAACAACAACAAUUCACACUUUUAUCAAAAUAUUCAUCCAUGAUUGAAAUUGGAAAAUAUGCUGUUUGGAGUGUAUCAACUGCCAAACAAGGAAAUGGUGUGGAACAAUUAAGAGAUGAUAAUUGUGAAACAUUUUGGCAAUCGGAUGGACCUCAACCACAUUAUAUUAAUAUUCAAUUUCACAAAGUAUUAAGUGUUCAAGAUGUAUUGAUCUAUUUAGAUUAUAAGAAAGAUGAAUCUUAUACACCUCAAACGAUUAGUAUUCGAUGUGGAACUAGUUUUCAUGAUUUGACACAUGUCAAAACAGUGGAAUUAGAAGAACCAGUUGGAUAUAUUUGUAUUAACAUGAGUGAUGAUGAAAAGGAUAACAAUCAAACCACCUCCAUCAACACCACCACCACCACUACUACUUCUUCGUUACCACAUGGCACCAUUCGAUGCAACAUGUUGCAAAUCGUCAUUUCACAAAAUCAUCAAAAUGGUCGAGAUACUCAUGUAAGACAAGUGAAAGUCUAUGGACCCAUUGAGCAUGCAAGUAGUGGAAGUGUUGUUGGAAAUGUUGCUAUUACUACUACUACUACUACUACUAUUACUCCUACUUUACAUCAUGAUUCGAAUGCCACAACAACCAACACAACAACGAUGAGAAUGAACCCAUAUGUGAUGAGAGGAAGUGAAUCAUCCUCCUCCUCUGUAAUUUCUUAUAAUGAUCCUUUGAAUGGUGGUGCUGUUGCUUCUAGCAUGUUGGAUCAAACGAAUACCAUUCACUUCUCCAUGUUUAGUACUUUGAGAUAG